AACGAGCAACGACGCACAACCGACACCCUACCCGGCAUCCUGUAUAUCCUCCCUGGGCCUCUGUCCUCUCUCCUGCUGCGGCAAUAACGCCCACGCAUCUCUGCACACUCCCUGGUAUCGGCAUUGCUGCAACUUUCCUCAUCGAUUAUCCGCUCAAAAGGCGACUCCGAAGCAUUGAACAACAGGCGUUCGGCGGACCCUACUCGAGCUCACCCAAUUGUACAUUCUACCUAUCUAUUGCUUUGGCGGCCUUUAGAUCUCAGUAUACGACCAUACAGAUCCUUCAUUAUAAAUGGAAACACAAGAUGAGUCAACGCCGCCACCACUACCCAUCCUUACAUCACCGUCGAGGACACGGCUACACGCAGAAUCCUCACAACGCAACUUCACAAAAUUGGCGUAUAUCCCGCGCGAUUUUGCCUAUGCGCACGAUGACCCACUCUUUCUGCGAUCCACGGAGACUGCGCCGAGUGAUGCAACGGAUCGAGAAGCUGCACAACGGCGAGCUGAUAUAGUUGCUGCUCAACGCGCGAAACCGGCAACACAGCCACUACCUGAAAAUACGCAGAAACGCGAUGUGGAUGAUUCGAGUAGUGGCUGGACGGAUCCACCGCCCUGGCUUGCUCCGACGUCGGGUGGUACAACCCCUACCGGUGGUCAUCUGGAAGAAGAUGCGCAAGACUUGGGAGAAGGCGAAGUACAUGGUCGAGCGAUAGCGUUAUUCGAUUUCACACCGGAGCAUGAGAAUGAAUUCGCAUUGGUGGAGGGACAACAGGUGUUCAUCUCUAGUAUGCAUGGACUCGGUUGGUUGGUGGCCGUGGAUCCAGUAACGAGUGAUUGUGGGCUGGUCCCGGAAGAGUACGUGCGGUUCUUGGGGGAUGAUGAAGUUUGGGCGCUACAGGAGCAAGAAGAGGGUGAAGCGAUAUCGACUGCUGCAUCUGACGGUGUUGCUGCGCAGGAUGACGGCUGGGUGGACGAACCGCAUCACUCAGACGACAACAACGAGACUGAACUCACAGAAGAGCUUCGCAAUGUCUUGACGGCUGCAGAACGGGAAAUGGCUUCUGCAGAGUUUCGCAAUAUGGAAGACGACCUUCCCUCAUGACCUUAUCACUUUGCCGAUUCCAAGCCAGUCAUUCAACGCAAUGCAACGCAACGCAACGCAACGCAACGCAACGCAACACAACACAAUACAACACAAUACAGACGAGAAGGAGGU